CAUUAAUAUCAUCGAAGUGCGAGUGAUGAUGUGUAAUUUUUUGUUUGUUGCAUUGAUUUAGCUUAUAAAAUUGCAAAUAUUCAGUGUAAAAGGAAUAUGUGUGAACUAAUGUGACGAAAGUUUGUUAAGUAAAGUUGAACAAAAAACAUGUCUGCACCAGACCCGGAAGGUGGACCACCACCGGCGGUGGGAGACCAUGCUUCUGGAAGAACUACACCUGAUUUAAACACAUUGCAGGAGAAUUUUAGUCAACAGCAGGCUAAAAUAACAGCACUGCGGGAACUGGUCCGUCAAACGGAAACAGCUCACGUUAAGAAAACCGCUUCGGCUCAGGAGAAGGUGAAAAAUAUUGCCCAACGGCUAACACAAUACAAAACUAAAGCCACCAAGUCAAGGCUGAGCCGAGCAUCGAGUUCAGAAGUGCAUCCGGAUUUGAUUGCAACUCGCAUCAACGAAGAGGGAGCCGAUGGCAGUUUCGAUAGCUAUCAGACUAUCGACUAUGAAGAACAGCAGCAUAUGUCACUGCCGGUGAUGCCGUUCGUUGGUGGUCCUUCGCAGUUGACACGAGCCCGUUCCGAAACGCCAGGAAGUGAAAAGUUCAAUUUACUUCGACAGCAGAUGGAACAAAAUCGUUUGAAAAUGGCCGAACGUGAGAGCCACAAACGAGAGAUGGAGGAACGGGUUAGUGAACUGAAGCACAAACUUGAAACGACUCAACAAACGUUGGAACGCUCGGUGGAGUACGGAAGAUCAACGGGUGAUUUAACGUUGAUAACUCCAAUGAAAAUAAGUCGACUCGAGUUUAACAAGUCAACGUCCGAUUUGACACAACUGGCAGAUUAUGGUUACGGAGCUUCCAAUUUCGAUGUCGAACGGUUGCGCUAUCUGGAAGGGCGCGUUAAAGUUCUGGAACAGCAGUUGGCUAACAAGGACAGCAUUUUCGCUAAGGACGAACAAGUGGGAAUACUGGAAAGAAAGAUCCUAGAUUUGGAAGAGGCUCUGAAAGAGAAAGAAUGUAUUAUUGAAGCCAGAACGCAAGCAGUUUCACUGAUGACGGAAAAUUUAACCUUGAAGGGAAAGAACACCGUUGAUCUGCUGGAGGAUACUAAGCAGGAAAUGUACCGAAUGCAAACUAAUUUUGUUCAGGCUGAGUCGAACUUGAAAGGAGAAUUGGAUCGCCUCCAGGUCGAGCUGGACGAAAGGAAUAGCAAAAUAUCAAAUUUAGAAGAAAUGAAUAACAUCUUGGAAACGGCUCGGUUUGAUUUGACCGUUGAAAACUCCAGUCUUAAGCAAAAACUAGAAGACGUGCAGGACUUCAGCACGAAGAUAAGCGAACUGAACAAGCUGAAUCAAAGCCUGCAGCAUCGCAUAACUGAACUGGAAAAUCAAAAGUACGAUUUCAUCACGGAUGCUGAAGCCGAACAGGCAAAGUUUGGUGAAAGUGAUGAGAAGUACCGCGAGCUACUGGACCGCAUUCAUGAGCUGGAGGAAGAGCUAUCGAAAAAAUCCGCUCCCGAAGAUGAUUUGCUGGAAAAGAUUCGCUCAUCGGAAGCGACAAUCGCCGCUCAAGCCCAACAAAUCGAGUCACUCCAGCAGCAGCAAGCCGAACUGCAGGAGUGCCUCCAGGAGAAAACCGUGGAAUUGAACGUGCUGAAUGCCAACUUUUCGGUACUGCAGGAGAAAUUAAAAACAGCCGGACCGAAACCACUGUUCCCGAAAUCGGCCGAAGAGGAAGCGGAAGUAGAAAACAGUAAACUCAAGCAACAGUUGGAUGAAGCCAACAAAAGUGCCAUCAAGUCUAAGCUGAAGAUCAAACAACUGCAGAAGCAGGUCGAUUCUUUCAAAAAAACAUCCAGCGUUCACGAGGAAGUCGUCCGGUUAACAAACGAAGUUCAGUCACUUACGCAACGUUUAGCCGAAGUUGAAGAAGAAAAAGGUAACCUGCAGCUGCAUCUGGUCAACUACGAUGGCUCACUGCCGGGUUCGGAACUCGAGAAGCGGAUUAAAAUUCUCGAAGCCACCUGUCAGAACCAAACUACUGCCAUUCAAUUGUUGGAAGAACAGAAGAUCGAUAUGAGUGAUGAUUUGAACAGUACCCGUCAGCAGCUAGAAACGGUGCGCGGUCAGGUACGGGAACAGCAGCGAAGUGACGAUGAGCACACGGGACGUAUUUCAUGUCAGAUAUCGUCGAUCGAAAUCGAGGAAAAGCUGGAACAGUGCGUAGCCGACCGGGAAGAGAUGACUGCCCAGCUGAAGCGACUGGAAGCGGAAAAGUUGGACCUCCAGCAGAGACUGGACCGCUACAUGGUGGAGAAUAUUGAGUUGCUGGAUAAAAUCGAAAAGCUAAGCCUGGAGAAGGUCAGUUCGGCGGAAUCGAUUGAAAUUGUGGAAGGUUUAACACCGAAGGAAAAACAGGAAAUCGAGAGCUACGAGGCAAGCAGGGCGAUCGGUGAUCCGGACGGUGGUACGGAUGAAGUGGAUCGAUCCAAGCGACGACACGACGGUGAAACGGCACAGGAAUUACGAGCUGGUGACGACGGUGGCGAGGGUGCCGAAGAAGAAGAAGAAGGAGAAGAUUUGAAUGACAGUCUGGUGAAACUGCGGGAAGAAAGCUCGGAACUUAUGCACCGAAUCGAACUGUUUACCAACGAGCGGCGAGAGGUGCUGGGCAAACUGGAAGCGGUGACAAUCGAAAAUCAAGCUCAUCUGGAUGAGUUGGAACAGUUACGCGAAGAACAUCGGCUGUUGACUGAUCGUCACAGGGAGCUGAUGGCAAGUGAAGCAGAUCUGCGUCAAAAAAUGACCGAGCUGUUGAAUGAAAAGACUGCUUUGGUCGAAGAACUUCGGGAAGCGAAGCAGUUGAAGGUGAAACUGGAGGUCGAGGCCAGCGAGUCUAGCUCGAGCCAAAGUUCACCGGCCAGGAUUCCAAUAGACCGAAGCUUGUUCGAGCAGGCUCUCCGUUCGGUCGACAACGAAGUUAGCAACUACAAUAAGAACAAAGAUAAAAAUAAAAAGUUACAAAUCUCCAAGAAACUCUCACAGGAUGCGAAAAAUUUGCAAAAGAUGGCCAACGGUUUACUGGAUGAGUACUGCAAGAGUGUGGAAGAUUGCGAGGAGAUGCGAGGCGAGAUAGAACAGUUGAAGCAAAAGUUGUGUCAUUUGCUGCCGGAGGCUAAGGAGCAACCGGAAUUCGAAGAGGUAGCAGCACUGAAAGCUCAAAUUAUGGAUAUCACACGGGCGCAGAUCGACAAAGUGGAACAGAUAGACGAGUUGAGAGAUGAGAUAGAUAGGAAGAAUGAGCUGAUUUCACAGUUGAAGCAUGAAAUGGAAAUACUGAGAGACGCGGAAAAGUCUUCGGAUGAGGAACCGGAACUGCUGAAGGUUGAACUGAACAGCCGGAAUGACGAAAUACGUGAACUGAAGAAGGAACUAGAUACGCUAGCCGUGAAGAAAACCUGUGAGGUUGAGGACCUGCAAUCUCGGCUGGGAGCGGCUAGUAAGGAAAUUGAUAUUCUGAAAGAAUUGGUGGCAGAACAAAAACAGCAGCUGAUCGAUUCGUAUCAGGAGCAUGAAAAUGAGUUGGCAGGUAAAAUGAAAGAAAUACAUAACUACGAAAAUCGAGUCAAGCAAAUGCAGGAGGAAAUCGAUAGGAUGAUUCAGCAUGCCAAUCAGGAUGCAGAACGCUAUUCGGAUAACCUCAAAGAGCAACUGGCCGAGUUGAAUUCGUUGGUGACGCAGCAGAAGAACGAGGCUGACCUCAAACAGGAAACGAUUGAUACUUUGAACGGUCAAAUCGUAGAAUUGUACAAGACAAUGGAAGACAACGCCACUAGGAUCAUCGAGAAGGAAGAUGAAGUGCAAUUCCUACAGGAACUGUUGGAUGCCAAAAACGAUGAAAUUCAAAUGUUGCAGACGAAACUAACCACCAAUCAGACCUCUCUCGAUGCCGUGCACAAACAGCUGCAGGAAGCGUUGGCCGUUCCGAUUCCACCAGCGAUUGACGUUUCCCGGUUGGAAGAACUGGAAGCAUCCAAUCGCGAACUUGACGGAAAGAAUAAAGAUCUAAUGGAAAAGUUGAGAAAAUUUGCUGCAAAUCUUAAGAAAAAACACGCCCAAUGUCAAGAGUUGGAAGAUAAGCUUACCGUCAAUCAACAAGAACUGGAAGAGUUGCGUAGUUCAGCAGCUUCGUCUGCGUCUGCGAUGUCCAGCGAAGAAGAGCUCAAAUCGGAGAACGAAGAGCUAGCUCAGAAAUUACACCACCUAAAUAAUGAACUGCACAAGUUGCUGCAGCAAAAGUACACUUUGGAAUCGGAAAAGCAAUCGAUAGCACAUGAGCUUACGGCUCAAGUAGAACGAGCGAGCGUAGCGGAACAGAAACUACAAUCAGUAGAAGGCAAACUGGCACAAAUGGGCGAAGAACUCGGCACGCUGCAGGAGGAUGUUGGAUCCAAGCAUGUGAAGAUCGAAAAAUGUAAAGCAAUUAUCAAGGAGAAGAUUAAGGAAAUUCAGCGGCUGCAGGAGUACGAACGGAAGACGGCCUAUCUGGAAGAUGAACUGCGAAUGUCUCAGAGUAAACUGGAAGACUUUCACAAUCAGACGCUGCUGAUUGGUAAAUUGAAAACGGACAAGGAAGAGAUGAAUGGUGUGCUGAGGGCCGAAUCGGAUCGUAACAAGUCACUGGAACGGGAAGCCAUCGAUACGUCGGAGAAGAUCCGAAAGCUGGAGAUAGAUUUGGAGCUGACGGACGAAGAGAACAGAAAGUUACGAGGUCAAAUUGCCAAACUGGAAGAAGGCCUGUCCCUGGUGGAACAGAGAAGAAAUUCUUUGGAACGACAGAAGAAACUGCUGGGCGAAGAACUGACGGAGAAGUCCCAGGAGUUUAGUCAGCAUGAGGAUGAGCUUAUGCAGCGAUUGGUCAAUCUUUCACAGCAUGAUGAGGUAGUUGAGGCGAAACUACGGGAGAGAGAGGAAGAGCUGGUAGAUUUGGGUGGUAAACUGCGAGAAGUUGAACAUCAGCGGGAUCAACUGCAACGGAAGACCGAACAGUUGGAGAUCCAGAUGGUGGCUCAUGAGCAAGCGUCGCAACGUUCGUCGGAAUUGGAAAAUGAAAACUACAAUCUCAAUCUGACGUUAACCAGUCUCCAAGUCGAUCUGAAACGUGCCGUUUCCGAUCUGGAGGUGAAACUGACGGAGAAGGACACCGAAAUCGAUCAAUUGGAAGUCGAGCUCACCAAUCAACUGGCGAAAAUUGAAAACGAACGCAAACAGUUGCAGGAGAACUUGGAACGAUCGCACGACAAAAACACCGAUCUUCAGGAUGAACUCGUUCGACUGCAGGAAAGUGUAAACUCGUUGGAACAGUUCCGGUCCGAUCUGGAAAAAGAGGUGACCUGGCUGAAGAUGCAAAACGAAAGUUUGCAGCAGGACAGCAGUGAACUGCAGGAGCUUCGAAUGCAAAUCGUGCAAGAUCAGACGGAACUGGAAAAUCUACGAGCGCAGAAUGAAACUUUGGCACAAAACCAUCAGUGCGAAAUCAACGCGUUGCGUCAGCAGAUUGCAGACAUGGAGGCCAUCCGGACACAGCUGAGCCAGAACCAAACGGACGAUCAGGUGUUUGUGCAGAAUGAGAUCAUUAAACUGAAGGAUCUUUUGGAGCAGAAAGAAGCGGAAAUUGGCAAGCUGGUGCAGGCCAAUUUGCAGCUGCAGAUGUCGGCUGCUAGUGGUGGAGUUUCGGCAAUACGAGAUCCGUUCCGAAAUCUACAGGAAUCGUCGGAACGAUCGGCCAUCGCCAUGGAGGAAAAGAUCCGUGAGCUAGAGAACGAUGCAGUGUGGAAAGAUUCCCGCAUACAGGAGUUACAGAUCGAGAAAGAUUUGGCGGAAGGCAGUGUGGACGAACUUCGAAAGCAACUGCAUUUGCUACAGGCACGCAUCGAACGAGACGAAGUCGUGGAGGCUCAGCUCGCGGAAAAAAGCUCCCAGCUUGAAGCGAUGAGUAAACAGCUUUUCGGAACGGUUUCGCAACCACAGCACAUUGCGUCUACCGCGCAUCUCUUCGCAUCUCCAUCGCAAUCCGGUUCCGCUUCGUUGUUUGAUGCUGUCGGAGAUUGGACGGAACCUUUCGCGAUGCAGCAAUCGACAAAGCCAAAUGUUGAUGAUGACGAUGAAAAUCGUCUUCGCGAAGAAAUCAUUCAGCUGAAAACGCAAAACGAAACUGCCACUCGGGAAAUCGAGCAACUACGCGCGCAACUGAAUGCAUUUAUCGAUCGUGAUGAUGAGCUACAUCAGUUGAAGGAUGAAAUUGACAUUCUGCGAGCGCAAAAUGCUUCCCUAAGCUACGAACUGGAAGUGAAAUCGUCCAAACUGAAAGACGUGUCACAGCAAUUGCAAAGCGAUCAGAUGAAGGUAGACCAACUGGAGGAACAGAUUAAACGGCAGCAAGCUCCAGCCGUCGUAUCUUCGGUAGCAUCAUUCUUCACCGACACCGAUGAUUCCUCUUCUGCACUGAAUCCGCCAGUUUUCGAAGACAUCAUCGUUCCCAAGCGAACUUAUCUUUGCACGCCAAGUCAAUCGCAGGAUCACGAAAUGAUUGCGGAGCCGGUUGUAGCGUCGUCCAAUAUCUCCCUGCAAGCUGCAGUUCCUACAACAACCGCCGAUGGAACCUUAGAAUUAUCCGCUCAGAAUCAACAACUCAAGUUGCAGCUGGACCUACAAUCAGCGACUGUCGAGCAGUUGGAACAAGAGCUGAACUCCGUUCGACAGCAAAGUGCUUCACUGCAACAACAGCUCGACGAAAUUCGACAACAGAAACGGACGAUGGAGGAACGAGAAAGUCAACAGCAGGAACUGUUGAAUAAUCUGCGAACCGAACAUCAACAGCAGCUUGCGGUCAUCCAGGCGGAAAAACAAACCGAACUCGAUCUACUACGGAUCCAGUCGCAAAAAAAUCAAACCGAGCUCCGAGAAAGCGAUGAGUCCUAUCGGCUGUUGGUGGAUGAAUUGGAAAUCUCGAGAAUAAACAAUGCUUCACUGUUGGCCGAGGUGCAGGAGAAAUCCGACAAAAUUCAACGAUUCCGUCACACCUUAACGGAAGCGGAAACGAAAAUUGUCCAACUAGAGGAACAGUUAGCCGUGGCCGCCGAGGAGAAACCACGGCAAGUGGCAAGCAGUUUGUUUGGAUCAUCCGAACAGCCGCGAGAACCGGUGUUCGAGGAAAUCGUUCAGUCUAAGCGAGCGUUUGUGAUGCAACCGCCUCCUCCGGCAACGGUGGACAUCGACGAGGACUGCUGCUGGGGUACGGAGGAAGCGAUGCUGGAAGCGAAACAUCAACAGGUCAGCGAAAAGGAUGACUACAUACGGCAGCUGGAACUGGAGAAGGAACGACUGCAACAGGAAAUCAUCGAACUGAAAGUGAAGUCCGGAAAGUUGCUGAAAAAGACAAAAGAGUACAAGAUGAAGUGCGACAGUCUGGAGCGGCGGUCAGCAUCGGUCGAAACCAGCGAGCUGGAUCUGGCAAUUCAGGAAGAAUUGAAUGGGCGGAUCAAAACACUGGAGACUAAACUGGGUGAGAUGCAGGUGGAACGUGAGAAAAUGCUGACCGAAAAGGAUUCGUUGGUGAAGCGAAAUGAUAUGCUGGUUGCUGCCAGCGAGCGUUUCACCGAGAUGAAGGAUCGCCAGGAUGUACAGCUCGAAAUGCAACAGGCCAAGAUAAGGGAGUUGAAUGCCAAAGUGCAGCGGCUGGAGGAUUGGGAUGAAACCAGUGAACAGCGAGUGGUGAAGCAACCAUUGGAAAGUGCUUCCGCCGGGGAAGAUACCGGUCAGUUGAAGGCUCAGUUAGACGAACUAACCGGAGAACUGAACGAUCUAAAGGUAGACAAUGAAGAGCUGCAAGCCCUGUUGGACGAAGAGAAAGCCAACGUAGCGAUACUGGAGAAACGUGUGCAGCAAAAAGACAGCGAGAUUCAAACCCUAAUGGAUCAAAUCGACGGUCUGUCGCAGGACUCUCGGACGAUCAAAUCCAGCUUGGAAAGUCUGAAUCAGCAAAAGUCACAGGAAACCGUAGAUUUAAGUCAACGGCUUAACGAGUUGAUGAGUAAAAACACCGAUCUGACGCAUCAGAUCGAGAAAAUGCGCACCGAAAGCAUGUUCCAUUCGUCCGAGCAGGAAGCACAAUUGCAACAGCAGUUACAACAGCUUAGCGCACAGCUUCAGUACAAGGAGGCGGAAAUAGUUCAUUUGAAUGAACGGAUACAGCAGCAGGCGCUUGAGGAUCAAACGGAAUCACUGGUGCAGGAGAUUCUCGGUAAGAAUCAGGAAAUAACAGCACUCAAAUCACGCAUUCAGCAACUCGAUGGCGAACGACAGGAACUGGAACACAAUCUUACGCUUCAAAUAAGCCAGGAGCUAGCCUCGACUCGACCGGAAGACAAGCAGUGCGUUCGCUUAGCUGAACUGGAGCGAGCCAACAAAGAUCUGCUGGACGAGCGGAAACAAAUGGAACAGGAAUUGGAAAUACUGAACGAUCAGGUAAUUCGAAGUCUCGAGUUCGAAGAUCGUAUGAAGAGUACCGUUCUGGAUUUGGAUGCCAAGAACAUCGAAAUACAAGCCCUGAAAGCAUCACUGGAACAGAUGAAGCAAACGAAUGCCGCCGGUGCCGGUCAAAACACACCGGAGAAGGUUCAAACCGACGUCGACGUCGACGUCGAUCUCAGGAAGCAAAUAGAAACAUUGAGCAGAGAACGAGCCGACUUGGAAGCAAACUAUCGCAUCACUCUGGAACAGCGGGACGCCCACUGGGCGGAGGUUGUGGAUGAACGUGGUUCACAGGUUGCGGAAAGUUGGAAGCAACACGUCGACAUGCGAGAAGCAGAAUUUUCCAUAGUGGAAAAAAGUUUGCGUGAGGAAAUUCAGCGAUUACAGGAAGGCAAGCCAGCCACCACCACCACCGAAGAAGAAGAAGAUUCCCAGAUGGUUCAGAAAAUGAAACAAGCCCUCGAAAGCCAAGAGGUGGAAAUUGUUACCCUGAAAGAACAGCUCGCUAUCCGAAGUGCCGAGUAUGCACGGCUUGCCGCUCAGGUGGACCCGUUUGCCGUGAAGCAUGCAGCCUCGAUGGUUACCAGUGAGCCACGAUCUCAACCGACCGAUGACGAUAAAGUUCCUCGUUCCGAGCUGGAACUGGCACUGUACAUGAUCUAUCAGCGUGACAUGCGGUGCGACGAGUUGGAGCUGGAAUUGCGCAAUUUACUGGAAGAACGUGAUGCUCUGCAGUUACGGCUGUCCAACGCUCUCCGACAGCAGGAGGAGUUCAAGCGGAAACUAGUCGUCACACAUCCGGAUGAAGCAUCUGGUGAUUCGAGUGACAUUUCGAAAACCACCACUCCGGAGAAAACGUUGCAGCAGAUUGUCCAGGAAUCGGGUAUCAGUGGUGGCACCGUGCCGUCCGACGCCACCGAACUAUCCAACAAGCUGUCGGAGUUGCAUUCCAUCGGUCAUGCUAAGGAUAAGCGGCUGCAGGAGGAACGAGACCAGCGCUACCGUCAGCUGACAUUGAUCCAGCGAGAUCUUGCCAAUAUGCCGUUGGAGGCGGCCGCCAAAAUUGCCGGAACUAGUAUCUCUCAAACGUCGGAAUCGUCCCCGCAGCAGCAAAAUCAACAGAGCGCCUCAUCCGUACUAAUCAACUGGAUCCUAGGAAAAAAAUCCGACUCCUAAAAAAAAUUAAUUUUCUGUAUUUAUGUGUAGUCUUGAAAAUAAUGAAAUUUUAACUAACAUUUACGAUGAUUGAUAUGUGUUAGAAGUGUACAACGGGAAUGUAGUUUGUUUUAGCGAGCUUAUUUGUCAAACAAUCUAAUGGCGUUUUCGUUUUUAACUUGCACUACACCGGUGCAGUGCUACACUGAGGCUUGAAUAAACGAACAAAAAUGACGAAAACAUAAACAGUAACCAUUGACUACAAUACAUGAUUACAUUGCACAGAGCUACACCAAACUUUUGAUGAGUGCUACACCAGUGGUAUCGGUGCAGAAAAAGUGUAGCACUGGUGUAGUGCAAUUGGCAAAAACGAACGGUUUCAGUGCAGCUUUCGCUACACCAGUGUAGUGCAAUUUAAAAACGAAAACGACAUAAGUUACACAUCAUCCGAAGGGCAGAAAUUACACAUCAUCCGUGCGAACGAGUUAUCCGUUUUUCGACAUUCUACGACAUUUUGGCGUCAGUAACUUUUUUUCCACACGCUCGGUAAAAGUUGUACACUGACGACCCCACAUGACACGGUGGCAUUUAAUUUAGAGAGCUAAUCCCUUUCCAUCGGAAUUUGUAAUGUCCCCACCACCCUCUUUUUUUUCUAAGCUGAAACUCGCCCCGAUCCUCGGACAUAUCGUGGGCCUCACCUCUGUCUGUAAUGCUAUAGACUACGAACCCUCUACGAAGAUAAAAAGAAGAUCGGCUGUUGUAGAGUAGCAAACGAUGAAAAAACAAUAAUGAAUUUAUUCCUGGUAUGUUAGUAAAAUCGAAUUGAUGAGAAACGUACUUCUGGUCAGUGAUUAUUCACCCAAAAAAAAAAAAUCACAAUGCAAGCAAUCCUAACAUUUAUGUUCAGCAUCGUUGCGAUUGGUGGUUGCCUAAAUUGCUAGGUCAAGAUUUUGUACAAAUCGCACCGUUUUUUUGUGAUUACCACCCUUUUUUAUAUAAUUUGUCAAGUGAGUGUAAUAUAUUCCAUUGAUUGAAAAUAAAAAUGUACCUAUAAUGACAGUUUAAAAA